AGGCCAAGGACUGGGUUGGAGGCCAAGGACUUGGUUGGAAAAAUGCCAACAUGAGCAAAUAACUGUUGUCCUCACAAAAAUCUUCAGUUUCAGUCCCACAACAUCAAGCAUAGCCCGCGCUUUCUACAUCCAUUUUACAGCACAACUACCUUCAUCCAGCUCGAGAGGCCAUAUGACUUCGAUGCAUGAUUCCACGUUCGGCAUUGUUGUUGCAACAUGAACCACUUCUCGCAGGAAUGUCUUCACUGACUUUUCGAUAUCUUCAAUUUGAUUGGCUAGUUUCUGUAAAUCCAAACAGCUCGGUUCUUGAGUUUUCGGCAAAGUUGUUGCUGAUAGCUUUAUCUUUAUGUUUUCCUUUCGCUCUUUGACUUUUUCUUGAAUUUCUUUUUUCUUCUCAUCACACAAACGAUCGAUCUCACCAUAGCUGUCUAUUCGCCAUUGCUCAAUAUCACGAAAACAUUCUGGGGUGUUUGCUGCAUUCUCAAGAAUAGGCUUCUGAUUGGUGAGCACAUUGAGUCGAUCGGAAAGUGAAAGUAAAUUAUCGUGUAUACUAUCGACAUGCUUCUUUUGGUGUGAGUUACAAAGAUCCUUCUUAUGGACAAAGCAACGCCACUCUGCUAUAUCAUCGCAUCCUUCAAAUUUACAGGUUAUAAUUUCUUCUUCAGCCAUUUCUAAAAUAAAAUAUAGGCAUACUUUAACAUUCACACAAUGACGCAACAUAAUUUAGAAUCAUUUCUUUUUUCACUUCCAUUUUAUUUAUACACGCCAGCUGAAAAUUUUAUUUCACAUAACACACAUCGUUGCGAGAAUUCUCUUUUGAGUUUUUCAAGUCUCUUCUUUCAAUUAAGUGAUACUCUUUACAAUAUACGGAAUGGCUACUGGCACUCCCCGGAGUGUCAACAAGAAGCUGUUGGUAUUCCCAAGGGUGUCAACAAGAAGCUAUUGGUACUCCCAGCAAGUGUUUGGGAGUGUCAACAAGAAGCUAUUGGCACUCCCGGGAGUGGCAACUAG